AUGGCGACCCCAACAUCGACCUCAAUACCGCCGACCAUUGUCCGCCUGCCUAAAUCUCACACUCUCAUCCGCCCUUUCACCCCUACCACUUCCGAUAUCCAAUCCCUCGCGCGCCAUGCUAACAACCCUAAAAUUGCACAAUACAUGCGCAACGCGUUCCCAUCUCCAUACAAACACUCGGACGCAAGCAGUUGGAUAACAUUCACUAUGUCCCAGAGCCCCACGCACGACUUCUGCAUUUGCCUUGAAUCAACCAACACCGUUAUCGGCGCUAUAGGUCUCAAGCCACGUACGGACAUCCAGCACUGCUCUAUGGAGCUCGGGUACUGGGUGGGCGAAGAGUACUGGGGAAGGGGGAUUGCCACUGAAGCAGUGGAGGAGUUUGUGCGGUGGAUCUUUAGCCGGGAUGAGUUUGCGCAUGUGGUGAGACUUGAUGCAGAAGUUUUUGAUGGGAAUGAAGGGAGUAAGAGAGUUCUCGAGAAGGCUGGAUUUGUGUUUGAGGCGCGGAGGAGAUGCGCUGUUGAGAAGGGAGGUGUGGUGCUGGAUACAUUUACUUAUGCGGUUAUAAGGGAUGACCUAAAAACGUUUGGAGCUGCAAAUCCGACACGCUCAUGA